AGAUUACAGCCCACUCCACAUUUCAUUUUCCCCUGGUUACUCAUCUCGCCGUGUUGGCUCCGUCCCGCAACCAGUCGAACCUGAUUGGGAGGUCGGCGUUCCAGCCGAGCCCAUAAAACGCAGGCAGUCGCACCUUGUGAUACUCGGGAGAUUGGCAGCGAGGGGCAAAUGGUCCUGCUCCCGCGCACGGAGUCGCCGAACUGACCCGACGAUUCCCCCCGCCCCGUGGGCAGAUCGGACCCUGCGGUACUUCGGAAGCGGUGUUUCCAUGUCGACCAUGAGCUUAAGGAGGAAGCUGGUGGUGGUGGGAGACGGGGGCUGCGGUAAGACCAGCCUGCUGUUCGUCCUGAGCCGGGACGAGUUCCCCGAGGGUUACGUCCCCACCGUCUUCGACACCUACGUGGCGGACAUCGUGGUGGACGAGAGGCAGGUGGAGCUGGCGCUGUGGGACACGGCGGGCCAGGAGGACUACGACCGCCUGCGACCCCUCUCCUACCCCGACACCCACGUCAUCCUGCUCUGCUUCUCGGUCGGCAGCCCCGACUCGCUGUGGAACAUCCCGGAGAAGUGGGUGCCCGAGGUGCGGCACUUCUGCCCCGGCGUGCCCGUGCUGCUGGUGGGCAACAAGAGGGACCUGCGCGCCGACGAGCGGACCCGGCGGGAGCUGGCCCGCAGCAAGAAGGAGCCGGUGCGCUGGGAGGAGGGCCGCGCCGUGGCCGACAAGGUCGGCGCCUACGCCUACCUGGAGUGCUCGGCCAAGACCAAGGAGGGCGUCUGGGAGGUGUUCGAGACGGCCACCCGGGCCACGCUGAAGGACGCGGAGCCCGGGUGCUUCAGCUGUUCCUGCGCAGUGAUGUAGGCCGGACGCUGCCCAGGAGGGCAAGAGGGCGCAGAUCUUAACCCGUCCGAGGAAGCAAUGGGGAGAGGGGAGGGGGUAUUAACUGGGGUGGGGGGGGGGAAGAGACUGCAUCUCAGUUUGACGAUAAAGAAGAUGCUGUUUGACUGGGGAGACUGAAGUUCGACAUCCUCAUGAGGAUGUACUGAGGGACCCCUCCCUCAACCACAGCUGGAUCCUGUGCGGGGAGCAUUCCCUGCUGCUGUGGGGAGUAAAUCCUCUCUUCCGAACACUGUUUCACCCCCGCCCCGCCAACUUCACUUGAAAGUAAAACGGGUCACCUGAUUUUUUUCCCCGUGGGAUCUUGCUGUGCACAUUAUGGCUGCCUUGUUUCUUCCGGAGCAAACAGCACUUUUAAAAAUUACUCACGUGAUUCUUAAAGCACCGGACACCUUCUGAGAUGAGAUAAAUGCAUAAUUUUCCUUUAUAUUAUUAAUAUAUUAUAGAAAAUGUUCAAACUUGCUUAAAAAAAAAUCUUACCUCUGUUAACAAGUGGAAGUAUUUUGUGUUGUAGCAGAUGACUGCUAUGGUUCCACUGAUAGACAUUAUUUUGUGUACAGAAUGGCUACAUUUUCUUUACAGACUGUAGUAAAGGGCUAUACUCCUGUAAUUUAAUAAUUUCCUUGUCUUUUGAUAUUUAUUGGCUGAAAUAUGAAAGAUGGAAAAUUUAUUUAACACUGAUUUGUCAUGCACUUUUCCUUGUGGCUAUAAAGGGUGUGGGCAAGUUCUGACAAUGGGAUCGUAGCCAUCACAAACUAUAUUUAAUUAUAAAUUUAAUUUAUUUUUAAUUUGGAGCUGGUCCAACAAGCCCAUGCUGCCCAAUUACACCUAUUUAGACUCAAUUAACUAGCGGUGAGAAUUGAACCUAAGUAACACACUCAAAAUGCUGGAGGAACUCAGUGGGCCAGGCAGCAUCUAUGGAAAAAAGUACAGUUGAUGUUUUGGGCCAAAACCCUAUUGCAAGACUUGAGGGAAAAAAGCUGAGGAAUAGAUUUGAAAGGUGGGUGAGGGGAGAGAGAAACAAAGGGGGGAGGAGAUGAAGCAAAGAGCUAGGAAGGUGAUCGGUGAAAGAGAUGGAGGGCCUUGGACGAAAGGGGGGGAAGGAGAAGCAAAUGGAGGCAAUGGGCGGGCAAGGAGAUAAAUUGAGAGAGGGACAAGGGUAUAGGAAAUGGUGAAGGAGGGGUGGAGGCAAUACUGGAAGUUUGAGAAAUCAAUGUUCAUGCCAUCAGGUUGGAGGCAGCCAAACGAUGUAAGGUGUUGUUCCUCGAACAUAAGUGUGGCCUCAUCCCGGCAGUGGAAGAGGCCAUGGAUGAACAUAUCAGGAUGGGAAUGGGAAGUGGAAUUAAAAUGGGUGGCCACUGGGAGAUCCCGCUGGUUCUGGCAGAUGGAGCGUAGAUUCUCGGCGAAGCAGUCUCCCAAUCUACGUCGGGUCUCACUGAUGUACAGUAUUGAACCCCGGCUACUGGCGAUGUGCUAACUGCUACACUACCCUGCCGCCCUGUUAGCGAAGAGUGCCAAACUAUCGUUUUUAUGAAAUUAGAUUUCAUUCCCCUUGGUGCACUGUGGGUAAACACAGCGUAACAGCACAGUACAGGCCCUUCGGCCCACGAUGUGAUGGCUGUUUAACCUACACCAAGAUCAAUCUAACCCUUCCCUCCUAUGCAGCGCUCGGUUUAUCUAUCACCCAUGUGCUCAUCAAAGAGUUUCUUAAAUGCCCCUAAUGUGUCUGCCUCUGCCAGCAGGUGAUUAAAAAGCAAGCAGACAAAGUAUAAAUCCAGGCCAUCGCAGUGUAAGAUCUCCAGGUUGUGGGGCCUUAACUCAAUUCACCUACAGGAUCACUGAGCAACAGAGCGGGCCUCAUGCCCCCGGGGUGAGGAGCUUGCAGAGGCAAGAGAGAAGAUGGGUGUGAAUGAAGAUUAAGCAGGGUUUUUUAGCCUAGGCAGACUGUGGUCAUGCAAUAAGUAGAGUCAGAGGACUACGGCACAGAAACAGGCCCUUUGGCCCAUUUAGUCUCUGCUGAACUGUUACUCGGCCUAGUGCCAUCGACCCACAGCUCUCUAUAUCCGUCAUGCCCCUGGACGCCCAAACUUCUCUUAAAUGUUGGAAUCAAGCCUUCCCCAGACAGCUUGUUUAACACUCACAAUAUCCCCUGAGUGAAGAAGUUCCCUUUAAAUAUUUCACCUUUCACCCUUAACCUAUGACCUUUGGUUCUAGUGUCACCCAACCUCAGGAAGAAGAAAAGCCUGCUUGCAUUAACCCCUCAUAAUUCUGAACACCUCUAUCAAAUCUCCCCUCACUCCCUAUGCGCCGGGGGGGGGGGGAUGAUCAGAACUACACCCUAUUUGCCUUCAACAAUGUCUUAUACUACUUCAAGAUGACAUCCAUCUCCUGUACUCAGUACUUUGAUUUCUGAAAGUCAAUGUGCCAAAAGCUCUCGUUAUGAUCCUACUGUAUAUUCUCCCACUUGGGAUCAAUAAAGUACAUAUUCUUAUUGUA